GCAGGCCGUCUCCGACAAGCCGUUAGAAGCCUGGGUGCUAACAAAAGAAGAUGGAGAAAUCUUGAAUGCACAUUGCAUUUGCAAGGCAGGCCUCGGGGAGGCAUGCUCGCACAUUGCAGCGUUAUUAUUUUAUGUAGAGGUUGUGGUGAGGAAGAGAGAUGGCAAAGUAUGCACCGAUGAAGAGAAUGCCUGGCUCCCACCCUAUGUGAGGCACCUUGAGGGCAAGCGGUGCUCAGAUGUUAGCUUUGCUUCGGCACGUGCCAAGAAAGUGUGCAUGGAUGCUAGCAAAUCAAGCCAUGUUUACAGACGACAGCGCAAGGUUGUUGAAAAAACGACGGAUGCAGAGUGGUCGUCAUUUUUGGCAGCUUGUCAUAGGAGCGGCAGCCGGCCAGUUCUAUUGUCUGUGCACAGCACAUAUGCGGCAGAUUUUGUUCCUGUUGCCAUGAGAUUUCCCCAGGCAAUCUUGACGAACUUGUCGAAGAACGAAGCUCCAAGAACAGACGCCGCUUUAAGAGAGCACUGUGCGGAAGUAAUGAGGACCCUCAGCAUUGAGCCACAGGUUACUACCCUGGUUGAAGCCGAGACUAGAGAACAAGCGAAAUCUACAAAAUGGUUUGCUUUCCGGGCAGGUCGCAUCACAGCAUCGAAUGCAAAAGCUGUAUGCAGGACAUCCAUACCUAGCCCUUCAAUCUCCCUACUGAAGAAGGUCUGCUAUCCUCAAGAAACACAGUUCUGGUCCCCUCAGACUGCGUGGGGUAAGGACCAUGAAGAGAUAGCACGAAAGGCAUAUGCAAGUGCCUCGGCGAGCAUUCAUUUGAACUUCAAGUGCGACGUUUCAGGAUUGCAAAUUUCGCAAGAGCAGCCAUUCUUGGCUGCUACACCAGACGGCCUUGUCAGUUGCACACGCUGUGGUGACGGGGUGCUCGAGAUCAAGUGUCCAUACAAUGGGCGCGACGGAACCGUCAGAGAGCUGGCUACCUCUCCAUCUUCGUGCAUAAUAUUGCAGAGGGGAGAGCUGAGGCUUCGUACAGACCAUGCUUAUUACUAUCAGGUCCAGUUACAAAUGCUUCUAUGCAAGAAAAAUUACUGCGACGUCGUCGUGUGGACCACGAAAGAUUUUGUCACACUAAGAGUGUACAAGGAACCCAACAUGUGUAAAUCAAUGGCAGAGCGCUGUCAGGUGUACUUCGAGCGUGUUGUGCUUCCUGAACUUUGUUUUAAUUAUUGGACGAACAAAGCCAGUGUUGACGCAUCAGAAGAAGAGGUUCAGGACACUGCAACAUCCAGUGACCUCCUGUACUGCAUGUGCCACAAGCCAGAAUCUGGCAAAAUGAUUAGGUGCGACAGCGGCUCAUGCAAGUUCAAAUGGUUUCAUUUUGAGUGUGUGAACUUGCAAAGGGCUCCUCGAGCAAAGAAGUGGUAUUGUGUAGAAUGCAAGAAGCUGCUGAAUAAGGUGUGAUUGCAUUCCGCUGUAAUGACAUUUGCAAAGUGUUCAUUCAUAUGAGCAUCAUUUCACCUCUAAAUGAAAGUGCUACAAAAUAAAGUAUAGUUUGUUUUGCACUAUUCUGGUGACUGCAGUUGAAAAAGCUUCCUUGGUAUCUGUCUUAAUAGCUGCAAUUUUAUUGCGUUAAUAAUAGACAAGGCACGAAAAGUGCACCGAAUGUGUUCACUUGAAAUGCCAUGUCUCUUGACAUGUAGCAAAGAACGAGUAGCCCAGUGAAGUGCAGUGAAAAGGAAAGCAGGGACCUUUAUUAACAACAAUGGAUUAUACACAACUAUGUAAACAAUAUAUCUGACAGCAGCAUGAACAACAAUAGAAAAAAUGACGAAACAAAAAAAGAGUAUGCCUACGGCACAUUUCAGGGCUUUGCACAAUUAACCAAAAGGAACCAGAAAAUCGCAGAGGUUGACUAGCGCUGCGCACACAAAUGUUAUUUUGUCAAGCACUGUUGCUCCGUUCUCAUCUGCAGUGAGCAUCUCAACUGGUAGUGUGUGCUUCAGUAUGCGAAACUUGUUCCGCAGCAGACCAAUAACCCUUUCGACAUGUAUGCGCACGUUGGCCACCCUGCGUGUUCUUUCUACUUGGAAAGCCGAAAGCUGUGGUUUGCCUUUUGUGAACGCAGGCGUUACUAACCUAGCGGAACGUAUUCCCACAGAGUCUGAUAUUGUGAAGCCCCUGUCCGCUAGAACCAUGUCGCCAGGCAAAAGAUUGUCGAGCACUUUACUUCCUUCCGUUAUUGCCUUGUCACUAGUGCGGCCACACCAGCCACGUGACAUGAAUGUUACGUUUCCUUGAGGAGCAAUGCCAACGAGAAAUUUCACUGUGUUGUGGUUUUUAUAGGUUGACCACGUCUGUGAACGAGAGAUCAUUGAUGAAGGCCUUUCAAUAAACACUUCAAAGCAGUCGAGUAUGACAACUACAUCUGUGCCAAAUGCUUUUCGAAAUACCAUUGGCAUUGUUUUACGCAAGACGUCACGUUCUGGCCACACUACUGCUCUUUCAAGACGGACAAAAGCCGCGUCUAGCCACUUGUUGAACACCCUCGAGAUUGUGGCGCGGGAAACAUGGAACCUGUAAGGAAUUCGUGUAGUUAGCAAGUUACCAGAAUAAAAACAAAGUCGAAAGCAAUGUAAAAUUUGAUCACCUGUAAGCCAAAUCUUGCAAUGGAACAUUGAGACGGAGACAAAUGAGGAAGACAAGCAUCUCCUGGAACUUCGUCAAGCAGUUCAGGCUUGUAUGGGAUAUGCCUCGUUCUAAAACCAGGAAGAGUGCCCAUAACAGAUUAAAGUUUGGCAUCCCAGUGUAAAAUUGCAGCAUGUCUGGCUUCUCUUUGAGGCAUUCUUCAGACAGGAUGCGAGUGCGAAGCUGGCCUUUGGUGUCAACCAAUUCCGAGAUAAGGCGGUUAUUUUCCUCUUCAAGCAGCUUGAUUUGCAGCAUUGUCAACUCUGUGGUUUGCCCAAAGUCAGUCCUUCCUGAAAGAUUUACAAGUUAGUAACGUCGAGACGUUGUUUUUUUUACACAUAAAACUGCCUGGGUCUAAAGUUUUCAUGUGAAUAAAAUUGCAUAAAACGUACCACUAAUGCUGCAUUCCUCCUGGAUGGCCAUCACGGGCUCUUCGCUGUUGUCUCCACAAUCAAGUGGCGUGGGAGGUAUGCUGUCAUCAUCUGAGCAGGCUUGCAGCGGCUGGAACGGCUUGUGCUUCUUUUGCAGCCUUUUCAAAUGCCUUGUGUGUCUGCAAAAAGUAGAAUUUUGUCAUUAACUACAGCCUGCACAUAAACAAAUCAAGACAUAUAAAAAAUAUGGUGCUUUCACAUUAACUAUGAACUAAUGAGCGUUCUUUGGCAAUCCUACCGGGACGCUGAACUGCCACUGUCUCUUGGAUUUCCAUAUCCAAGAUGAAGAGAUGGCGCCCAGUCCGGAUCGGCUUCAGCCAUCGCGUAAGAAGGGCGUCCUGCGAAAUGCAAAGAGCGGCGGUGAUAUCAACGUUAAUGUGCUUAGCUGACCAUUCCCUCAACAAUCAGCGACGCAGUGCGCUCUUGUCUAAACGAUGCGUAAGCAGUCAGUAACACGCCGGCCCUACCUAGAAUGAAAUCCGCUGCUUUAAUUGGAUGCACGUUUUGUGGACGCGACAAAAACGAAGUGCUUGACAUGAAAGCGACAGUAAUUUACCAAGCUGUUCAAGCGUGCAGUUGCAACUUUUACCGCUGAUGUGCUUAACUGACUGCUUCGUAAGCAGCGAUCCCGGACGUAGCGCACGCGCUCGUCUCCUGCUGGUAAACACGUUGCGAAAACGUUUUUCAACACGGCAUACAGCAAAAGCCAACGUCUUUGAUGUUGCAUAGGUUCUGAAAACUUACCGGAAAUGAAAUGUUUACCGCACACACGGUAGUGGGUUGCCGAGCCAUCCAAGUCUUUUCGAUUGAUGCGUCGGAGCCACUCCGCUCUUCGUCGCUGCGUGACGUCUUUCGUGCGCUUGCAUUGGUUCACAAUAACUUUAGGUAUGGAAAAAAAGCCGACAUCAGACGCGUUCUCAUCACCAGGCUUCUUUUUCGAGUGGUUGUAGCAACCAAAUACGGCACAGUUCACCAUUGUUUGACCUCAAGAAUCUCGCACAGACGCGCACCCGCGAUCACGCUCAUGUGACUGCUUGCCGGGCCGGCCGGGCGAGGGGAACCACAAAGAUGGACGCGCUGCCUUUUCGACGCUCGCGCCAUCUCGCGGGCCACGCCCAUGUGCAACCCUCCUAUACCGGUAGUGCUGGUGGUAUGGAGGCAGUAGGGCUCUACCGGAUGUUUGAGCGUGCAGAAAGAAGUUGUGGUUUGAAAUAUGUAGACUUCUAUGGAGAUGGCGACUCCAAAAGCCAUGCGGCCAUAAAGGACAUAUAUGGGCCAAAUAGUGUGCGCAAACUUGAGUGUAUCGGGCACGUGCAGAAGCGUGUAGGAUGCCGCCAUGAAAGCUCAAAAAGACUGUUCACGGACUUGGAGGGAAAAUUAACAGAUGUUCUAAUUGACAGACUGCAGAACUAUUAUGGUAUUGCCAUCAGAACAAAUGUGGGAGACUUGCAGGCAAUGAAGCAAGUCACAUUAGCGAGCUUGUUCCAUUGCAGUUCCACAGAUGAAACUCCAAGGCAUGGUCUGUGCCCUCUUAGCCCUGAGAGUUGGUGCGGUUUUAACCGACGGAACGCACUGGGAAGUGGAUACUACAAGCACAAGGGAGGCCUAUCUAAUGAGGUACUUAACAAAGUGAAGCCUGUGUACGCUGACCGUUGCACGGAUGAGCUUUUGAAGAAGUGCCUGCACGGGAAAACCCAAAACGCCAACGAGUGCUUCAACGGUAUGAUUUGGCAACGGGUUCCCAAAGACGUUCACAUGAGCCUGCCCAUCCUACUUUUUGGUUUAUACGAUGCUGUGUGCCACUUCAAUGAUGGUAACAAAAGUGUACUGGCUAUUCUGAAAGAAGCAGGCAUCAAACGUGGCCACUACACUAUCGUAGCAUGCUACACUAGGGACCAGCACCGUGUAAGGAAGGCCCAGUGUCAGUCGACUGGCGAAGCAAAACAACAUUGGAAGAACAGACGGGCAGCAACAAAAGC